AGUGAAUAUAUUCGAGAGAAGUGUUAACGUUUUGUCGAUAGGUAUAACGCUUCAAGUUUCUCUUUCUAAAAGUGAUAUUGCAAAGAGUCAGGCCGCUUGACUUGGUACAACGCCAAUGCGAUGUCUCAGCAGAUAUCUCAGAAAUGUCUUGAGAGUGAAGGAGUGACAGAAGUGUGAAGAUCUUCCCCGUCUAUCACACUAAUCCGUGCCGCCGAUCCCGACCCUUGACUGUCCCGUCCGUGUCAGGUUCAGGUCCGCUUGUUGACGCGCGUGCCCCGGUGGUUUGUGUAGCGGAGUGCGGGCGUGCCGCGGGCCAACGCCGUCACUUCAUCCGGACAGGACAUGAGACAUACCAUAGCUGCUUCUGCAUGGCCUCGGGCGAACAGCACCGCGGAGCGAACACCCUCAAAUCCUGGGAGUAAUUGCUGAGAAAUAUUGAUUUCCACGUGAUAAUGUCCGACGGGUGGCUGCGAUUGUUGGUCUUCUCCCAUUCGCCGCGUCUGUUCACCUGGUCAGAAACACUUAAUCAGCCAUCAUUACCGCUAUUGUUUGUAUGCCGCGGAAAAACAUACCCGCGAUCAAUCGGGCAUUUUGGACGCACCAUGUGCAGCGAGCGGCCAGGCGGUGAUCAAGAAGACGAGUCACCGUCCUCCCACAAGUUCGUCUGGAACUGACCGCCGCCCGGUGCAUUUCAGCGCCCCCCGCUAGAGUGGACGUGCCUGCUAGCUUCCCGCGCUAGCUCAGGAUGGACGUGAACGUUUGGACGCACACACUGGUCUUGCUGCUAUGGAUUAGCUCGUCAGCCACCGCGCCAGGUGGGAGGGCGCGCCGGAGAAACACGAACGGGAAGACCGAGAGAGACGCAGACGGACCGCCCGAGCCAUGGCAGAUCAACCAAGACAAGACCUCCUCGCCGUUCUACCAAGGUGACAUCGUGGUUCCCCAGGCGGACCUCCAGGCCCUCAGACACCGCCGGGCCGCCGUGAAGGACCGCCUCCUGCUGUGGCCAGAGGGCGUUAUCCCCUACCACCUCAACAAGACAACUCUGGACAGGAAAACCCGGAAGGUGGUUCGUGCCGCCAUGAGACACUGGAUGAGAAAGACGUGCAUCAAGUUCAGGAAGAAGAAAAGAAACGACGUCAACUUCCUCCAUUUCAUCGGAGAUGCGGGUUGCUGGUCGUACGUGGGGAUGCAGGGCGGGGAGCAGAAGCUGUCCCUGGGGUCGGGCUGUGAGCUGUUCGGCACCGUGGUGCACGAGAUCGGACACGCCGUGGGCUUCUGGCACGAACAGGCCCGGUACGAUCGGAACAAGUACAUCCGCAUCCUGCGGGGAAACAUCCUUCCCGGAGCCGAGGAGAACUUCGACAAGAUGACGUUUAAGACCAUCAACACGCUGGGCGUGGCGUACGACUACAACAGCAUCAUGCACUACGGACCAAACUACUUCUCCGUCAACGGGAAACCUACCAUCAAGGUGAAGCGUAUCGGCUGGAGAGCCAAGCCUAAGAUCGGGCAGAGGAAGGUGCUGAGUGAGCUGGACGUGGCGCAGACUCGGCACAUGUACCAGUGCAACAGGAGAGACAUGCAGAGGCGGAGAAAGGAUGUCUGUUUCUUCAGUAAAUACGGUGACGGCAGGGACUACAGAGGGACUGUGGACUACACACUGGAGGGCGUGACGUGUCAGAAAUGGACGUCACAGUGGCCACAGGCGCACUGCGUCAUGUCCAAGUACUGGCUCGGCGACAAGAUGGACGGCUUGGGCAACCACAACUACUGCCGCAAUCCGGGCGGUCGAAGGUCACGACCGUGGUGUUUUACGACACUUCAGGGCACGGAGUGGCAAUACUGUGACGUCAGGAUAUGCAACCCCCUGCCGAGAAGAAACGAGAACGAAAGCACCAGCCUCCCUACCAAUAACAACCUGGACAAAAGAUGAAGAGACUGUGCAGUGGCGCCACCGUGCGACUAUUGAUAAAACUGCCAUUAUUAACAAUAACUAAAUACCUCAUCGUCUGUGUUACAGACUCAAGAAAAUGGUUAUUAUCGUACCUAAGUUUUCUUAUUUACUAGAAGACUAAGGUACAAUUAUUUUCUAGAAUAUUAGAGGCAGGGAUUCGUGUGAUUUAUAGUCAUAUGUGCAUGUUGUACAGAAAAUGAAGAUGUACAUAUGUUUAAUUUAUUUAUUAUCAGGGAAAAGUUUUAAAAUAUAACGGGGAAGUCAGCAAGAACAACAAUUUUGGUAGGCACCUCUUGCAAGAUGGUCUCAAUGUCCAACUCAUCCACUAUUAGCAAAGUUUCCAUUAACUUUCCUUCAAAAGUGCUGUUUUAAUCAAUUGGGAGAUCUAGAUAAUACAGCCUUGCUAGUGCACGUUAUGUAAAAACGCCUCCUGGCGUCCAUCUCACGUACUACACACCAAUCAGACCAUUUUCUUGUAAACAUAGAUUGUGUCUACUCUAAUAAGUAUGAAAACUGUAAUACUUAGUUUGAUUGUACUGUAAGGGGUGUAUAUUUAUAACAGGAAACUAUACUAUGUUUGACCAGUUGAGCUCAGGUAUUUAUAUACAUAUACUGUUCUGUCCAAAGUUAACAUGUUUCAUAUUUGUAUGUAUUUGUACAAGCAACAAUAAAGUCCAACAUAAACAAUACUCAUCCAUAAAGGUCUAAGUUCUCAUGUCAAUGGUGGUGUUCUGUAAACAAUUGCG